UUGGAGGCGGGGCAGAGAAGAGAAAGAGAGAGAGGGGAGAAGAAAGAAAGGAAAGAAGGAAAGAAGGGAAAUGAGCAUCCAGUGAAGCCACAUCUGCCGUGGUGAGAAAGAAACCGGAAUCGAGUGGCUAUUGAGGAAUUUGGAAACCAAGAGUGCAGUCAGAGAACCAAUGGUGAAGGAAGAAGAAAUCCUCUCAAUGUGCUGAUCUUGCAGAACUCUUGGCCUCAUUCACAGAUCCAAAGGGGAAAAAGAAGAGUCAAGUGUCUGUCGUUCGGUAAAAAAUAAAUGCCACUCUCAAGAUGGGGAAGAAACUCUAUAAAUGUUCUGAAUGUGGGAAGAGCUUUCAAUACACGCGCCUUCUGCAGCAACAUGAAGUAAUUCACACUGGGGAGAAACCCUACACGUGCUUGGAAUGCGGAAAGAGCUUUGCGCUGAGAGAACAUCUGCGCAAACAUCGGAAAACUCACACUGGGGAGAGACCCUAUACAUGUUUAGAGUGUGGAAAGAGCUUCCGUGAGAGUGGAAAUCGAAAUAGACAUCAAAGGAGUCACACUGGGGAGAAACCCUAUACAUGCCUGGAGUGUGGGAAGAGCUUCACUGACAGUGGAAAUCUAAAUAGACAUCAAAGAAGUCACACUGGGGAGAAACCCCAUACAUGCCUGGAGUGUGGAAAGAGCUUUGCGUACAGUGGAAAUCUGCGUACACAUCAGAGAACUCACACUAGGGAGAGACCCCAUACAUGUUUGGAGUGUGGAAAGAGCUUCCGUGAGAGUGGAAGUCUACAUAGACAUCAGUGGACUCACACUGGGGAGAAACCCUAUCCAUGCGGAGAGUGUGGAAAGAGCUUCACUGCGAGUGGGCGCCUGCAUUUACAUCAACGGACUCACACUGGAGAAAAACCCCAUAUAUGUGUGGAGUGUGGAAAGAGCUUCACUGAAAGUGGGAAUCUAUGUCAACAUCAAAGGACUCACACUGGGGAGAAACCCUAUAAGUGCCUGGAGUGUGGGAAGAGCUUUGCGCUGAGUUCACAUCUAUAUAAACAUCAAAGGACUCACACUGGAGAGAAACCCUUUCAGUGCACGGAGUGUGGACAGGCCUUUGCGCAUAGUGGAAGUCUGCGUUCCCAUCAAAGGACCCACACUGGGGAGAAGCCCUAUCCAUGCCUGGAGUGUGGGAAGAGUUUUGCGCUGAUUUCACAUCUACGUAGACAUCAAAGGACUCACCUUGGGGAGAAACCAUAAACAGGUCGUCCUGGGUUGGAAACAGGUGUGGCACCUCAGAAUAAGCUUCACCUUGCUCUCAAACGCCACCAGAUCACGGCUGUAGGAUUUAUAGUUUAUUGUAAAGUUUCCAAAAGAAGGCAAAGGUUAAGUCAAUACAAAGUUCCAAAGUUCAGGUAAAAUGCAUGGUACAGUUCCAGAAAUCCUUCAGAGACAAUCAAAGUAAACAGGAAUCAUGAAGCAAGAAGCAGCUUAGCCCAAAAGCCGCACGAAGGAAUCCAAUGCAGAGGCAUGAAACAGCUUAGCAGAUAGCCACGUUGAAACUGACAGCUAAGAAUUGCCCGAGGAAGCCCUAAAUACAUUUUGCACAUCAAAACAAUCUAGUUUCCCACAAUCUGCUUUCCCACUGCUCCCUUGACCUGUCGCUGACCUAACUUGGCUGCGAUCCGAGAGCUCCGUCUCACGGUUUCGUUAUCCCUUUGAAGGAGCACCUGGCCUUCCUCCUUAUCAGCUGCAUUCCUGUCCUGUGAGAACUGCUUCUCCAGCUCGACUGCAGGCUGAGAAAACUGAAAACCAUCAGACUCAGGGGCCUGGUGAACCACAACACUAGGAUCCAUUCUGUAGGUUUGCUCUUAAGUUCAAUUUGUAUAUAAGUCAGAACAGAUACACUUCAAAGUAUAAUCCUAGACAUGUUUAAAGUGUGGAUAGUAUAUACUGAAGUGUUAUCACCCCUGCGGCAUUCCCUUUGUUGCCUGUGCUCCUGUUCAGAAGAUUCCCCCUCACUUUGUGUCCCUGUGAGAAUUGGAUUUUGACCCAAGAGGUGGGAGGAUGUGCAGGAAAUGGCUUGGGAACACAAGGGAGCCAAAAAGAGGAACCAAAGAGUGUUUGAGAACAGAAUAGAGACACAGGCAAGAAGCUGAGAAAGGGGAAAUUACAGGCAGAAGGGGGAAAGAAGGUUUGAUGUCAUGACCUAUAAAACCCUAGACGGCUCUGGUCCAGCGUACCUGUCCGAACGUAUCUCCUUCUCUGUCCCACC